CUUCUGUAUAGUGAGCACCAUAACAAAAGGUCGAAGAGGUGGAGGCUAUUAGUAGCUAGCUAGCUAGCUCCUCUAGAAAGAUUCCUCCAGUUAAGUUAUUGCUGGCCUGCGCCCCAAGAUCAUCUGCAAGCGAAGCAAUGGCUACUGAGUGUGCUUCCAAGGAGGACGAUAACGUCAAGGUAGCCGUCCGGUGUCGACCUUUGACCCCCAGGGAGACGAGUGACAACCGACGUGUGAGCGUACGAGUGGACCAACUCCGAGGCCAGGUGACAGUACACAUGCAGACCCCCCACAGAGGAGAGAGGGAGAAAGUAUUCAGCUUUGACUCUGUGUUUGGUUUCGACGCCAAACAGGUGGACAUCUAUAAUGAGACAGCACGGCCUAUAGUCAACAGUGUACUGGAUGGCUACAACGGCACUAUAUUUGCGUAUGGACAGACUGGUACAGGGAAGACCUACACAAUGGAGGGAGAGAGAUCUGUGCCAGAGAAGAGGGGAAUCAUUCCCAACUCAUUCGCUCACAUCUUUGGCCACAUAGCGAAGUCAGAGGGAGAGACACAGUUUCUGGUUCGUGUGUCGUACUUGGAGCUGUACAAUGAGGAGGUAAGAGAUCUGCUGAGUAAGAAUGUGGCUAAUAAACUGGAGGUGAGAGAGAGACCAGACAUUGGGGUCUACGUCAAGGACCUCUCAUCAUUCGUAGUCAAGAAUGCUGACGAAAUGGACCGACUUAUGUCCAUUGGAAACAAAAACAGAGUGUUUGCAGUGACCGAUAUGAACGACCAUUCCUCUCGUUCUCACGUCAUCUUCAGUAUUACCGUGGAGUGCAGUGAAGUGGGACCAGACAAGCAGCAACAUGUCCGGAUGGGGAAGCUGCAUCUCGUGGACCUUGCAGGUUCUGAGCGUCAGUCCAAGACGGGGGCAGAGGGGGAUCGGUUCAAGGAGGCAGUCAAGAUCAACCUCUCCCUCUCCACUCUUGGUAAUGUCAUCUCUGCUCUGGUGAGCGGACGGACUAGUCACGUUCCUUAUCGUAACUCUAAGCUCACCAGACUGUUACAGGACUCCCUGGGAGGGAACUCUAAGACUGUCAUGAUAGCCAAUGUUGGUCCCGCUGACUACAACUGUGAUGAGACCCUCAACACACUGAGGUAUGCCAGUCGAGCCAAGAAUAUCAAGAACAGUGCGCAUAUCAACGAAGACCCUAAGGACGCCAUGUUGAGAGAGUUUCAGAAGGAGAUAGAGCAACUCAAGAAGCAACUGGACAAUGGUGGGUCUCUCAGUGUUGUGUGUAUGUGUGAGCUAGUGUGUGAUGCAGCCAGUGGUAGUGGCAGUGAGAGUGGAGAGGAGGCAGGGCAAGGGGAGGCAUCAAAGAGGAAGAAGAGGCAAAAGCGGAAAAGCUCCAGUGGCCCGUUGUCACCUCGGUCAAUGAGCGCUCGUAAGACAGAGAUUGAGAAGGAGAGGGCACGUCUGCUUGCCUCCAAGGAUAUGGCUCAAGAAGAUAGGGACAAAGUACAAAAGGUACUCCAACACAAGGAGGAUGAGCUGAGACUAGCAUCAGAGCAACAGCAACGACUGGAGAGAAAGCUGCAAGAUCUCAACUCUAAGGUGAUAGUGGGUGGAGUGAACAUGUUGGAGCAGGCUGAGGAGCAGGAGCGCAUGUUAGAGGAGUCGGCUAAAGAGCUGGAGAAGAGACAGAAGAAAGAGGCCAAACUGAGACACCAGCUACAGAGGAAGGAAGCAGAGAGACUGGACAUUGAGGAGAAGUAUGCCAGUCUACAGGAGGAGGCCGCCGGGAAGACACGACGACUUAAAGAUGUCUGGAAACAGUUACAGCAAGCAAAGGAUGAGAUAGCUGACAUGAGGGCAGAGUCCCAGCAAGAGAAUGAGUCUAUGUUGGAGGCCAUUCGAGAGUUAAACAAGGAGCUGCAGCUACAAAGUCUCAUCAUGGAUAGGUACAUCCCUGAGGACUAUCAGACUCAACUAGAGGCUCACUCAACUUGGAGUGAGGACACGGGGGAGUGGCAUAUGCACGGUAUUGCUUAUGCUGGGAAUAACAUGAGGAAGAAAUUGUCUCCCGAACCACUCAGCCAGUUUCCUGGUUAUGACACAAGUACUGCCUAUCUGACGUAUAGUGUGGGCUCUGCUCGGGUCUCCAGUCUACAGAUGUCUCACUCUGACUCCAUUGGGAGGAAGGGAGGCAAGGGACCCUCAAAGAAGAGAGAUGAUAAAGAAGGACAAGAGGAUACUCAGUACCCAACCACUAGAGGACUUGUCAGACGUUUUGCUUAGCAACUAUUUACAGUAUUGUUGUUUGUGUUUGGCAGCUUUAUCACUUAAUAAUUAUUAUGGUGAUUUGCACAUUCUUGUAUUAAUUCACA